AUGAGUUCAGGUUCAAGUCGAGAGACAAGAAACCAACUUACUCAGAUACCAUCACCAAGAAGAAAAUCAGCCUCACCUAAAGAUUUCGAAGUCAUUCAUACAUCAUCAACAUCACCAUUAUUGUUACAUAACUCAACAGAAAUCAUUGAUAUGAUCAGUUUAGAUCAAAUUGUGCAAGAUGUCGACUUUUCAUUCAUUGUCAAUGCUAACAUUGAUUUUAAAUCAAGUGAUACAAGUUCAUUACAAACAAACUUUUCAAUCAACGUUAAACUUCAACAGAAAAUAUCACAAGAUCUUAAAUUCAAUGGUUGUAUUAAUUCAUCUGUAUCAGAAGAUAUUGAUAUAUAUUUAUCAAGUCUUUACGAUAUAAGUUUAAUAGCUGAUACAAUUCUUCAUGAUCGGUAUUCUCAAAUAUCAUCCAAGGAACAAACAAUUAUCAAUAAAAUAAUUGAAGAAUUUAUUGUUAAAUUAGAAAUUGAAAUGUCAACGCAUUUAGAUGAUUUACAAAAAGAAAUGGAAACUGAAAAAGAAAUUGUGUUUAUAAGUUCACACGAUAAUAUUAAAGAUUUAUCAAUAAAAACAUCAAAUGCUAAAACUGAAUUUCUUCGUCUAUUAGAAUGUUCUACUAAAGCGAAACGUCAAGAAAUCUUAGAUAAAAUUUCGAAUAUUUCUAUGGAUAAAAAACGUCAACCUCUUAGUUAUGAACAAUUAAGAAAAGUUAAUCUUGAAAACUAUUCUACUGUUGGUAUUAAACAAGAUGGACAAGGUUGUGAUAAUAUACUUGAUAGAAAUAAAUAUAUCAAAGAUAUUGAUAAUACUAAAUCACGUCAAUCAAUUAAAAGGACUAUUUAUAUUGGAAGUAAUCUUCAUUGA